GUCUUUGUAGAUGGACGUUGUGCUGUUCGUAAAACACGUGAAGAAUUAAAUUAAAAGUAAAAAAUAUAUAUUUUAGUUUUUCUACUUUAUUCUUUGCGUUUUUAAAAGACGUUUUUCGUUUCCUAGUGUUUUAAUAAUACCAAAAACGGAAGGAAUUAGCAAAAAAAGUGAACAAAUUGUGUGAAACUAAAGUUAUAAUUUUUUUUUUGCAAAAUUGUGGUUGAAUCAUAAUUUUUGAGGAAACUAAAAAAGAAAUAUAAAUUUUUCCAUUGAAACUUAAAACAAGAAAAACUUAACCAAUAAUGCCUUCCGAUUCGAAAAAACGUGAUGCACAACGUAAAAAGGAUGCACGUAAUAAGAAGAUUACCCAAGUGUCCUCCACUAAAAAGAAUGGCACCACCAAUGGCAAUUCGCCUGCCCGCGAAUUAACCGAAGAAGAGAAAUUAUGUGCCAAAUUGGAAGAAGAGGCACGCAUCUCUGCCGAGGCUAGAGCCUGUACCGGUUCUUUGGCUUCUCAUGCACGUUCUCGUGAUAUUAAAAUUGCCAAUUUCUCUAUUACAUUCUUUGGUUCCGAGCUGUUGCAGGAUACUAUGUUGGAAUUGAAUUGUGGCCGUCGUUAUGGUGUUAUUGGCUUAAAUGGCUGUGGUAAAUCUUCAUUGCUAGCCGUUUUGGGUAAUCGUGAAGUGCCCAUUCCAGAACAUAUGGAUAUUUUCUAUUUAUCACGUGAAAUACCCGCCAGUUCUAAAUCGGCCUUGGAAUGUGUUAUGGAGGUAGAUGAGGAACGUAUUAAAUUGGAGAAAUUGGCUGAGGAACUGGCCAUGAGUGAGGACGAUAAUGAUCAGGAUCAAUUGCUCGACAUCUAUGAACGUCUUGAUGAUAUGGCAGCCGAUUUGGCUGAGGUAAAGGCUGCACGUAUUCUUCACGGUUUGGGCUUUGACAAGGAAAUGCAACAGAAACAGGCUAAAGAUUUUUCUGGUGGUUGGCGUAUGCGUAUCGCUUUGGCUCGUGCAUUGUUCGUUAAACCCCAUUUGCUAUUGCUCGAUGAACCUACCAACCAUUUGGAUUUAGAUGCUUGUGUCUGGUUGGAAGAAGAAUUAAAGACCUACAAACGUAUUUUGGUUCUCAUUUCCCAUUCCCAAGAUUUCCUUAACGGCGUCUGCACCAACAUCAUACACAUGACCAAUAAACGUCUCAAAUACUAUACCGGUAAUUAUGAACAAUUCUGUCGCACCCGCAUGGAAUUGUUGGAAAAUCAAAUGAAACAAUACAACUGGGAACAGGAUCAAAUUGCCCAUAUGAAAAACUAUAUUGCACGUUUCGGUCACGGUUCCGCCAAGUUGGCUAGACAGGCUCAGUCUAAGGAAAAGACUUUAGCCAAAAUGGUGGCUCAAGGUUUAACGGAAAAAGUUACCGAUGACAAAACACUCAACUUUUAUUUCCCUUCCUGUGGUGGCAUUCCCCCACCCGUUAUCAUGGUGCAAAAUGUUAGUUUCCGUUACAAUGAUCAAACACCCUGGAUUUAUAAGAAUUUGGAAUUCGGUAUUGAUUUGGAUACACGUUUGGCUUUGGUCGGACCUAAUGGUGCGGGCAAAUCUACUUUGCUUAAAUUACUCUAUGGUGAUUUGGUACCCACUUCCGGCAUGAUUCGUAAAAAUUCUCAUUUGCGUAUAGCCCGUUAUCAUCAACAUUUGCACGAACUCUUGGACUUGGAUGCCAGUCCUUUGGAAUACAUGAUGCGUGCUUUCCCCGAUGUUAAGGAAAAAGAAGAAAUGCGUAAAAUUAUUGGUCGUUAUGGUCUGACAGGUCGUCAACAAGUCUGCCCCAUUAGACAGUUGUCUGAUGGUCAACGUUGUCGUGUCGUAUUCGCCUGGUUGGCUUGGCAAGUGCCUCAUUUGUUGUUGCUUGAUGAACCUACCAAUCACUUGGAUAUGGAGACUAUAGAUGCCUUAGCCGAUGCUAUUAAUGAUUUCGAUGGUGGUAUGGUGUUAGUUUCUCACGAUUUCAGAUUGAUUAAUCAGGUGGCCGAAGAAAUUUGGAUUUGUGAAAAUGAAACCGUUACCAAAUGGAAUGGCAACAUUUUGGACUAUAAAGAUCACUUAAAGAAAAAUAUUGUAUCGGAUAAUGCCAACAAAAAGAAAUAAACUUAGCCAGUCUGCUACCAGAUUUUGUUUUGUUUUUCAAACAACUGCUAAACUCACAAAUAAAGUCUGGUCUAUUCUAAAAAAAAAA